GCCAUUGGCCUUCUCUGCAGGCGUCUGUAGUCAUCCUCCGUACGGGUAGGGCCAAAGGUGCCAUCUUUCAUUGUUGAUUACGUGGUGUGCUCCGGUGGCAAUUCGGUAAUGGAGUCCACACGUUGGACGGGUGACGUCGAAGUUCGUUCCGAUGGCAGUACUGACAUGCACGUCGGCCGUGUGCAUGCACGGCCCCAUUCUCGGGUCCCGAGCAUGCAUUCCUUCGUCGCCGUGCGUCAAUCAACGCCAGCCGUGCAACGUCAGUACUUCCCCUCACGUGCGCCUUCCCAGUCGUUGCCCUUCGAUAGAGGGUGUGGUAGACAGUCUCCCGAGAGGUUGCAUGCAGGCCUUCUGCGUGGUUGUCCACCAGCGGUGGACAUGUGGGACGACGGCGGUUUCGCCGUUGAUGAUCACUCUUUCUCCGUCCAACAGCAGUGCGAUUUGUAUGCAGCGAGGGCAUGCAUAGAAGUGACGAGCAUGGGUGCAGGUUUUGGCAUGCCGGCGGCGGGCGCACAGAACAUGGACAUGGGUGGCACACCUUGGUCUCCCCAAUGCACCCAGAGCACGGUGCGGUCGUUCGGCAUGCGGUGUUCUCCAUCUCCUCAGCUGGGCGUUCACACAGACGGCCCGGGGUAUCGUACGAACACGCGGCCGGUGUCUCUCGAGACUCGCAUGGAUUCACCGUACGACGAAGGCACUGUCGUUUCCGGAGGAGCCGGUGAAGACAUUCAUGCAGAGCACGAAAGUGUUGUUCCAGUGAUGGCAAGGUCGAUGGGCGAGCAGGGUGAUGCACAGGGCCGGGGUGCGGAAGGCGGGGAGGGGAGCAGGCGGUUGGCGAAUGCUCGACCGUCGGCUCAGAAGAAGCAAAGCGUGCCAUGGACGUUGGACGAGCGAGCGAAGCUUGCAUUCGUUAUGGGCGAGGACGAUGCCCUUAUGGCGGAUGCUAACGGCCAACACCGAUUCAAGUAGAGCAAAGAGCGGUAUGCGUGGGUGACCGAUAGGAUGAAGGACGUUGGCUUCAAACACAGGACCGUC